AUGCCGCCGCUUGUGUGCCUCAACGACAUCGCAGUCCUCCCAGCCGCCAUCGAAGAUGCCGCGGCGACGGUCCUGUGGCUGCCUGCGCAGGCGAAGCAGGCCGGAGGGGACCCGUGGGUCGCCGAGGCCGCGGACCUCGGGCGGCUCCUCGUGUCAGGCGACUUGGCCGGCGGCACCAUCGUGCACCACCUUGCUGUGCGCUUCAGCUCGCUCGCGGCUCACGGCACCACGCCAUCACCGCCAACAUUGGAAGCUUGGGAGAGCACAGAGAGCAGGACGCUGCAAAGGCUGCUGGAACACGCUGGAGUACUGCAGCAGCGGCAGGAGCUUGGGCGACCCAGCCGUGAACGCCGACCAGAUCCGAGCGAGGGGGCGCGAGCUGGAGAAGGACCGCAUCGCAGAGGAGGACGGGGGCGGUGGGGAGCGCGUGUUCGUCUCGGCGGGGGUCGACCAUGCCGCGUGUCAAAUCGCGGUGACGGUGGUGGUGGGAGAAGGAGAAGGAGCACCGAUGGGGGAGGAGGAGGAGGGGCACCGGCGGGAGAGAAGGAGGAGCACCGACGGGGGAGCACCGACGCCAGCAGGGGAGCACUGGCGGGGGAGAAGGGGGAGCACCGGGUGGGGGAGAAGGAGGAGCACCGGCGCCGGCAGGGGAGCACUAGCAGGGGAGAAGGAGGAGCACCGGGUGAACCAAAACGGUGUGGGUGGUUUCUCUCCGCUCUCCGGCCAUCCGGAGAUUUUUGUGGGGAAUUUGUUGAGGUUUUCGUGGAUGUCUCCGAUCUCAACGCAGUGGUUAUGGAUCUACUAAGGCAUCCCUUCAAGGGAGUUGUCACUGAUAUCAAAGGAAGGGCCACUUGGUACAAGCAUGAUUGGGUUGCAGGACUCCACUCUGGCUUUAGGAUAUUGGCACCUACCAUGUAUAUCUUCUUUGCCUCUGCUCUUCCUGUCAUUGCCUUUGGAGCACAACUGAGCACGGCAACAAAUGGUAUUCUCACAACAGUUGAAACAUUGGCAUCGACUGCGAUAUGUGGCAUCAUACAUUCAAUUCUUGGAGGGCAGCCUUUAUUGAUUGUUGGAGUUGCCGAACCAACUAUUAUCAUGUACACUUAUCUCUACAACUUUGCCAAAAAUCAGCAAGCUCUGGGUGAGAAGCUAUAUUUGGCGUGGGCUGGAUGGGUCUGCAUCUGGACUGCCAUCAUGUUGUUUCUUUUGGCAAUGUUCAAUGCUUCCAACGUUAUUAGCAGAUUUACAAGGGUUGCAGGAGAACUUUUUGGCAUGUUAAUCACUGUUCUGUUCUUGCAAGAAGCUAUCAAGGGGAUGAUAAGGGAAUUUAGUGUGCCCGAAGAUGCUGACAGCAGUUCACCAAUAUACCAAUUCCAGUGGCUGUAUGUCAAUGGCCUACUCGGUGUCAUAUUUUCAAUUGGCUUGCUGUAUACUGCAUUGAGGACCAGGCGGGCAAGGUCAUGGCUAUAUGGCAUAGGGUGGCUUAGAAGCUUUAUAGCUGAUUACGGCGUCCCACUUAUGGUGAUUGUGUGGACAGCAUUGUCGUAUACACUGCCGGGCAAGGUGCCUUCAGGAGUCCCCAGGAGGCUUUUCUCUCCACUUCCCUGGGAGUCAAGUUCACAGGGACACUGGACCAUAGCAAGGGAUUUGUUUUCCGUCCCUCCAGCGUAUAUACUUGCAGCCAUUCUGCCUGCUUUGAUGGUUGCAGGACUUUACUUCUUUGAUCAUAGCGUAGCUUCACAGUUGGCACAGCAAAAGGAGUAUAAUUUGAAGAAGCCUUCUGCCUACCACUAUGACAUUUUGGUCCUUGGAAUCAUGGUCCUGUUCUGUGGUUUGCUUGGCAUCCCUCCAUCUAAUGGAGUCCUUCCUCAGUCUCCCAUGCACACAAGAAGUCUUGCUGUCCUUAAGAGGCAGUUGCUAAGCAAAAAGAUGGUUGAUACUGCCAAGGAGAGCAUAGGAAGAAGUGCUACCAGUUUGGAAAUAUAUGGCAAGAUGGAAGAAGUUUUCAUCGAAAUGGAUAGCGAACAGAAUACUGAUUCUGUUGGCAAGGAGUUGAAGAACUUUAAGGAUGCUGUUCUACAAGAAUUCGAUGAAGAAGGGAAAUUGGCUAGAGAGUUUGACCCUCGGAAACAUAUAGAAGCCCACUUGCCUGUUCGAGUGAAUGAACAGAGAUUGAGUAAUCUGCUACAAUCCAUAUUGGUUGGUGGUUGUGUCGGAGCUAUGCCAGUCAUCAGGAUGAUACCAACAUCAGUUCUCUGGGGUUACUUUGCCUACAUGGCCAUUGACAGUCUACCAGGGAAUCAGUUCUGGGAGAGGAUACAGCUUUUGUUCAUUGCAGAAAGCCGACGCCACAAGGUUCUUGAAGGUCCCCAUGCAUCUUUUGUGGAGUCAGUGGUUCCCAAAACAAUAACCAUCUUCACGAUCUUUCAAUUGGUUUACCUCGUAAUAUGCUUCGGCAUAACAUGGAUACCGCUAGCCGGGAUCCUGUUCCCAGUGCCUUUCUUCCUUAUGAUUAUCAUCAGGCAGUAUCUCCUCCCAAAAAUUUUUGAUCCCAUUGUCUUGAGGGAACUCGAUGCAGCUGAGUAUGAAGAACUUGAUGGGGUCCCCCUUGAACACAAUCUGGAAGAUGAGGUAUCUGACGUAGGAAGUUGUCCUAGCCGUCCUGAUGCAGAGAUAUUGGAUGAACUCACAACCAAUCGGGGAGAGCUAAAGCACAGAACUUCAAGCCUGCGUGAAGAAAGACCAAUUCAGGUUGCUCCAAAUGCGGUUCAGCCAAGCCUGUGA